AUUGAUCGCAGCCUCCACUGAAAACAAAAAACCAUUAUCUCUGACUGGGAAAUUAAAGAUGGAAGUUUUGGGAGGAAUGUUGAGUGAUGUGUUUGUGAAGGAAUCAUCAACAAUAUUAUUGACAAUGGUGAUAGGAGUGGUGGGAGGUUUAUUGUGGUAUUUUUAUGAGCCAUAUUGGAGCGUGAGAAAGAUCCCAGGGCCGCCGCUGAUGCCCAUAUUUGGACACAUUCCUUUGAUGGCUAAGCAUGGCCCUGAUCUCUUCUGUCUUCUUGCCAACCGCUAUGGCCCUAUUUUCAGGUUUCAUAUGGGCAGGCAACCGCUAGUGAUAGUGGCAUCUCCGGAACUUUGCAGGGAAGUUGGCAUAACCAAAUUCAAAUGUUUUUCCAAUAGAAGCAUCCCUUCUCCCUUAGCAGCUUCGCCUGUUCAUCUCAAAGGCUUAUUCAUGACAAAGGAACCAAGAUGGUCGAAGAUGCGAAACACAGUCCUCUCCUUCUUCCAGCCAUCCUACAUCGCCGGACUGAUCCCCACAAUGCAAGCCACCAUCGAAUCCGCCACCGCCGAUCUCCACUCCAAAUCAUUCACAUUUUCCGAAUUAUCCCUCCGAAUAGGCACGGACGUGAUCGGAAAAACGUCGUUCGGAAUGGACUUCCGCCUCUCCAAACCAAGUUCCCCGACCACCAACAACAACGACAACAACAACAACAAUAACAACAGCAACAGCAACAACGACAAGGCCGAGGAAUUCAUCAACGAACACAUCUACUCCACAACGCAGCUAAAAAUGGACCUAACCGGCUCCGCCUCCAUCAUCCUCGGCCUCCUCCUCCCCUUCCUCCAAACCCCGUGCCGCGAGAUUCUCAAGCGAAUCCCCGGCACGAUGGACCGGAAGCUCGAGCGCACGAACAAGAGCCUCACCGCCCGCCUCGACGCGAUCGUCGCCGCCAGGAACGGCGACGAGGGCCGCGGCGGCGCCAAGGACUUCCUCUCCCUCGUGCUCAACGCGGCGGAGUCGGAGAGGGCCGUGCGGAACGUGUUCACGCCGGACUACAUCAGCGCCGUGACGUACGAGCAGCUGCUGGCCGGGUCGACGACGAGCUCCUUCACGCUGUCCACGGUGGUUUAUCUCGUCGCGAAGCACCCGCGCGUCGAGAGGAAGCUCGUGGAGGAGAUCGACGCGUUCGGGCCCCGCGAUCGGGUGCCGACCGGCGAGGAUCUGCAGAGCCGGUUCCCGUAUCUUGAUCAGGUGAUUAAGGAAGCUAUGAGGUUUUAUAUCGUGUCGCCUUUGGUUGCGAGAGAAGCGCUAGAGGAUGUUAGAGUUGGAGGUUAUGAUAUUCCAAAGGGUACAUGGGUGUGGUUGGCGAUUGGAGUUGUGGCUAAAGAUCCUACAAACUUCCCAGAACCAGACGAGUUUAGACCAGAGAGAUUUGAUCCGAAGGGGGAAGAGGAGAAGGCAAGGCAUCCUUACUCCUUCAUCCCCUUCGGAAUAGGGCCUCGCGCUUGCAUCGGCCAGAAAUUCGCCUUGCAAGAAAUCAAACUCGCCGUCAUUCACCUUUAUAGGCAUUACGUGCUCCGCCACUCCCCGGAGAUGGAGAAUCCCUUGGAAUUUCAGUAUGGCAUAGUCGUCAACUUCAAACAUGGUGUUAAAGUGCACGCCACCAAACGCCCAUGAAACUUGCAUAAAUACAUACUCCCUCCAUCUCAUAAAAGUGCACAUGAUUGUUGGUGACGCAGAUUUUAAUAAAUAUAUUAGGUGAGUGCGUUAUUAGUGGAAGAAAUGAUCCACUUUUAUUAGUUGAAGAAGGGAUUUGGAAAAAAAAAGUGCACACUCUUGUGAGGCAUACCAAAAUGACGGGUGCACACUCUUAUGGAACGGAGAUGGGUAUAAUGUAAUUAGAAUUGUGAUACCUAUUGCACUAUCUAUAAAGUAAAUGCGUUAAACUCUACACUCGACAAA